AUGCGUCCACUGAUUUCUGACAUUGGCCUAGUUUCCACCGAGGGUUUAAACCGGAAAUGUCGUUUAACUUUAACAGGGGAAUACUCGACUGUAGUGUUGCUAGUAAUCCAGCAGGCUACAGGAAAGCCGCAAUCACAUUACAGAUUUUAUUGCAUCAAGUAUGUCGAUUCUAAAUACGCUUCAUCGAGCAGGAACGUUGGUACGAGCGAAUUUAACUCGCAAAAUAUAAAUUGCUUGCAGCUUGAUCCAGCGAGAGCCAUCACGUUUUCGCUUACACGUUAUUCCGAGGAAGGAAAUGUAACUAAAGAUGAUAGCUCAGCUACGAAGACUCCUAAAGUUGCAUGUGUACCAAUUGUAUCAGUAGAGACUAGCAUUAAAUAUAUGAAUAGCGAUGCUUACAAACAGACUUACGGAGAUGAUCCAGUAUGGAAAAAGUAUAGAAGAAAUUUUAAAGGACAAAUUCCACCUAGAAAAACUCGAAAAACUUGUAUAAGAAACGGCCAAAUUUCGACUGGAAGUCCAUGUCCUAUAUGUAGAGACGAAUAUCUUGUACUUGAUCAUAGAAACGUCAAAUUGCUUGAGCAAUUUAUCAAUAAACAUAACGGAAGCGUUUUGAGUUACUCGAAAACAAAUAUUUGUCAAAGGAGACACAAACAACUUUUAGUUGCAUUAACUAAGGCCAAGGAUUACGGGACUAUUACAUUUGAUCUUCUCAUAAGACAAUAUGAUUAUUCAGAGUGGAACCCAUCAAAUAAUUAAUCUUUAAUUAUUUAUAUUGUCAUAUUAUAUCUGUAUAU